AUGGUGAUUUUGCGCUUUGCCGUGGUCGGCAUCAUGGCCCAGGCUACUAUGGCUGGUACCAUAGCGGUCAGGCGAGAACACACUUGCGCUACUAGAGACCCCAGCCCGGAGGAGCAGGGCCUCUGGAAGCGGCAGCAGAAUGAGGUGGAUAACGGCCGGAGCAUCGAAUUAGGUGCAGCUUUUCACUUUUGCUGUGUUUCAGAAACAGACUGCCCAUCUGACGGAAUCGCCAAGAAUGAAAUCAACGUCAUGAAUGAAUUCUACGCCCCAGCCCAGAUCAACUUCAAACUGCAGAACACGAGUCGCAUCAUUGAUGCCAGCUGUGGCCAGACGGAUGUGACGGACCAGGCGACCAUGGACAACUUGAAGAUGAAGAGCCACCAAGGAGAUGUGGGAACGCUCAACAUCGUCUACGUGCCAACCAACGAAGGCCCUGGUGCCAAAGGUUAUUGUGUUAUCCCCCCUCCUUCCGACAACAUCGGUCAGAUAUUCGGCCGCAAGGAUGGCUGUGUCGUCGCCACAAGCACCCUCCCUGGUCAAUCGAGAUUCGGCGGCGAUGAUAAAGACGUGACUUCGGUCCAUGAAGCUGGUCACUGGCUUGGACUUCAGCACUGGAAUGAGGGGAACGGCGGUCCUGGGUUCAAUCGCAGACAGACCGGCGGCACACGCAACAUCAUGGUCCCUUUUCAAAUUACGGGGCAAGGCAUAAAGUACCAGUUCGACCAGAGCCAGAUACCCAUCAGAUUCCCAAAGGGGAUGAUGGCCAGGAACCCGGCCCUGGGGGUUCCGCCAAUUUCCCGGGGGGUCCGAGAUUUUCACAAGGUCCUACGGGCUCUGGAAAUGGGCAAGAUCCUACAGGCUUUGGCAACACGGGGGAUCCUACUGGCUCUAGCAAUAAGCAAGGUCGCCCUGCAUCGCGAUUCCCUCAAGACCCUGAAGACUUCGACAGCACGGGGGUUCUAG